AUGACCACCGAGAGAAUCAAGGUCCCGCCCAAUGGGCUCGAAAUCAAGAGUGUCUUGUCGCCAAUCACACCGACAGUACCCACCACCCCGUUUACCUCUGGCUUUACGCCGCUGGUGACCGUCGUCGGCUUCCACCAUGCGCGAGGGCCCGAGGUCGAGAGCUGGUUCGGCGUCGAGGACGGCGUUGAUCCGGCCGCCAAGUACGGCUGGAACUUGCUGCCGUUUAUGGCCCUGAGUGAUGGAGCGCAUGCCUCCGAGGAAGACUUUUCCUACUUUACUCUGCUGCGCCCCGAGACCGACGACGGACCGGCUACGUCUCUCUUCGGCAUAUCAUGUACUCGCCAGCUCGAUUCCUCCCAGCUCAUCAACCGGCCUGCCGAUGUGACUCGCUCAACCGUGCAGAAAGCGGUUGUCGUCAUCGCAGACAGCCCCCAGUUCUUUGGCAUGCUGAGACAGCGCCUCAGCAUAGUCACCCAAGCGUGGUUUGCCCAGCGCGAGUUUACAGACGUCGACAUCCUGCGCGGGUUCCAGGAAAGUCUCGCGGAUGAAAAGGCCCGAGGUCUCCUGCAGGAGGAAGCCCAGAGAGACCAGUAUCUCGGCAUGAGUCUGCGCGAGCUGAUUCACGAAUUCAAGUGGCAGGCCCUGGUGCUCCUUAAAUGCUGUCUGCUUCAGCCCAAGAUGCUCUUCUUCGGAUCACGGUGUGAUCGGCUAUGCAUGGUCCAAUUUUCCCUCAUUUCAUUGAUACCCGGACUCAUCCGUAACCUCCAAGACUGCGCAGAUCCCGAGCUGAACACGUACGAAAAGAAGCUCGCACAGCCAACGAGUUUGCAGAGUAGUAACCGCAACUCGCUACUAACCUUUAUGGGGCUUCCGCUGCAGAUAUUCGGCAAAGGAAGCAUCUUUGGCCCGUAUACCCCGUUACAGCAACUCGACCUGCUAGCCGAUGUCGGCACUAAAUCCUACAUCGUCGGCAGCACCAACUCCCUACUUCUCCAACAAAAAGACCGUUACAGUGACAUAAUCAUUAAUCUCGAUGACGACACCAUAAACAUCACAUCGCCUUCCCUGAGAACGGCGUUGUCGUUGACUGCGGCGGACAGGCGAUGGAUCGACUACUUGACUCAGGAGGUCAACAAUACGUGGGACGAAUCCAACCCCAGCACGCCAAAGACGAUGCAAUACGCGGGAAGCGAAGAGUACAUCCGCGCCCAGUUCGAAUCCUACAUCAUCGGCCUGAUAUCCUCCGUCAAGUUCCACAACUACCUCGUCAAGAACGCCGCGACCGGCCGCAACACGGCGGAGAGCGACCCAGCCGUCGACUUUGGGCUCGACUGGGUAGAGGCGUGGCAGCGCACGGAAAACUACCGCAUGUGGGACUCGCACACCGACACGAACCUGUUUGCCGUCUCGGAGCCGAGGCACCCUUGCGCCGGCGGCCUCUCCAUCGAGGACGUGCAGAGACGCAUAGCAGAGCAGGUCAAGGAGCUCCACCUCGACGAGCGCCUCGCCCAGGGCCGCGACAUCCUGGGGCGCAACUUUGCCGCCGGGAAGGAGAAGGCGUCGACGAUGCUGAACCGGCUGUACAACGACAUGGAGCAGAUGCGCGAGGCGCAGCGCCGCCGCGCCGAAGAGAACGCCAAGCUCAACGAAGCCAACGGCGGCAGCAAGCGCAACAGCAUGGCCAGCGGCAUCAGCGUGGACGCGGCGGCGGCGGCCAAGCAGCCCCAGCAGCAGGAGACGGUGGGCAGCCGGGCCAGCGCGUACAUGGCCAGCUGGGCGUCGUGGGCGGGCGAGAAGCGGCGCAACGGCGGCUGGGGCGCGGGCUGGGGCAAGAAGAAGGCGGCGUCGUCGACGACCUCGACGGCCCCCGACGAGACGGCGUCGAUGCCGACGAGCCCCAUCGAGAAGGACUACCAGUUCGUCAGCAUGCUGGCGUCGGCCGCGUCGCGCGGCACCAACUCGACCGAGGCGUACCGGCCCAUGACGCAGGGCAGCUUCAGCGAGAGCAUCCUUUCCGGCGCGGACAGCACCAGCAGCGGCCCGCCGCUGACGCAGUAUCCGAGGGAGUUUGAUGCUCAUCACGACCGUGAUAGUGAUGAUGGGUUCCGGGAGGAGACGCUUGUUGGCAACGGCGGGACCAAAAAGGCUGAUUGA